AUGGCUUCCCAACCAUUCCAAUGGCACUAUGCUGAGUUCGAAGACGGAAACUACGAAAUCCAUGGCUAUGCUUUUUUCUUCAUCCUCUUUCUCAUCGUCGUAAUUCUCUUACUUACCAUUCUUAUCCUCUACACUCGUUGCAUAUGCCAUUGUCAAGGCCGGCCCGGGGUUGCUCGUCCCUCUCACGCGCCGCAGUCACUACUUUCUCAUCGAGGUCUGGACCCAACUUGUAGCAGUAAAUUGCCGAUCACCUUAUACGGAACUAACAUUGCUGAAGCAGAGGAAGAAGCAGAGUGUUGUAUAUGUUUAGGUGUUUUUCAAGAUGGCGAUAAACUGAAAAUUUUGCCGGUUUGUCACCAUUGUUUUCAUUCGGAAUGUGUGGAUAAGUGGCUCACAACUCGGUCUACUUGCCCGCUCUGUCGUGCUCAACUCCGAUUCGACUCACUUGUUUGA